AUGAACCGUAGCCUGCUAUGUUUGCGGUAUGUGGACAACCGCCUUUGGAUCUCCGAAGACAGAUUUGCAGCACUUCCUGGCAUCCGAUUGUUCCUCAGCAACCACUGCUACGGUGGCAACAUCGUACUGGAAGAUGAACCUGCCUUUGACUUUGUCGGGUUCUCACUUGACAUUCCUGACCGUGUCAUCCGGUACAAUCGCUCGUGCCAGGCUAAGGACCUUCCCAGCCAUUUGUCUGCUUCCCCCGAAGCCAUGCUGGUCAGUGGCAUUCUUGCACGUGCACACACUAUCAAGAAGUGUGCAUUUCCUCCAGAGCAAGUACAGGACGAGGCUCAAAUUCUCUUUGACUUAGUGCUUUUGCCCAGCAUGUCGCCAGAAGGCAUGCCGAAGAAUCCGAUCGCAGCUCUUGUCGAUCAGACAACUCGGUGGAACGUGACCGUCACUGGCUACGAAGUUGAGCAACUUUUGCAGCGCUUUUGUGUUCGCCGAUUGUCGCUGAUGCCGCAGGAAGACAAGGAUGGAGCUGGCCAGGCGCAGCGCAGCUGGAAAGCCUUCCCCGAGUCUGGCCUCCAGGUGUUAUGUUUGCGAAGUUGUUCGGACGAAAUCAUCCAGUCGUUCUUUGCCGUGAGCCCUCGAUUACGCAGUCUUCAAUUGGUCGACAGCAGAUUGCAAAGCAUGCCGUUGGCGAUUUCGCAACGAUUGAGCAGCCUCAGCUUGACCGGGAUCACGAGUUUGGCCGACGAGCAGUUGUCGAAGCUGAUCGCCAGCUGUCAAAACCUUCGGUCUCUCUAUAUUGCCAAAUGCCAUGUUUCUCACAUUUCCUUUGCUUUGUCGAACCUGGAGCUUCUUUCUGUGACGCACUGCCAACAACUGACGGACCAGUGUGCUACUGAGAUCUUGUCUCCGGUGAAUAACCCCCGUCUUCGUUUUGUGGACCUCUCGGAAUGUCAAAGUCUGACAGCUCCAACGGUCGAGCACCCGCAGAUGGAGAUCGCCUGGCUGAUGCACUGCCCGCAACUCACCGGGCAGGCUGUUCCGGAGUUGUACAGCGCUGACUGCAGUGAACCUGGUGGACAUACCAUGGCUUGCCCGACUGCGUUGCUGGCUACUCUCAGCCUGUUCGUGCUGGCCGACACAAGCUUUGUGCCAUUUGCUGGAGUCGAGGAGCUGAAGCCGCAUCGUAUCCACGAGCACUGCGACGAGUCCACCAUCGGCGAGGAUGGCUACCGGUGGUGUUCGCGAUCUUUCAGGAAGCGUCUUGAGGAUGGCGCCGAUGUGGAACUGAGUUGGUCAAUGCAUGUCAACCCAGAUUCCAUCUUGUCCUUAGACACAGAGGCAGAACAUGGUGUCAGAAUGGUUCGAUGUUCUCCAGGUCAGUUGGAGAUGGAUGUUCCGCAGACGCACGUGCAGCAUCUGGAAGUUGGCAAGUUCAUUGUCGGAUCCCACUAUGUCCAUGGUUGCGACCAUAUGAACGGUCAGAGCUUUUUCCACAAAAUUGCGAAGGUGCACAGCAAGCGUUUGUCUGAUGGUGCUGGGCGAAUGUAUCGGUUCCAGUUGGCUGCGCAGAACUUGCCUCACAUGGGGCACGUCGCGCGACAUGUCUCCUUCAACUUCAGCUACAUGCCCAUUGAGGCACGCGAGACUCACAAGAAGUAUCCAGAAAGACGUACGUUUUCUGAUCUGCCUCCACACGAUCGCAGGCUCUUCGAGUUUCCGAAAAUCCCCGGUUUUACCCCUCCUACAUCUGGAAACUUUGCCGGGCAAGGCCAGACUUCCGGAAGCGUGAAGACUCAGAAUGGCAUCGUCAACUUCUCACCGCAGCAGGUCUCCAACUUCGGCUGGAACUGGGACUUCAAUCUGAACAAUUCACAGGAACCUUCGUUUACCAUUGACCAGCCGGACACGAAGGGCCAGUUUGUUCUGAAAAAUCCGUACAUCCAGGCACACGCUGGAUGCUUCCUGAACUUCACCUCGCAGUACGUAGGCUUCAUGAAACCCCCUCACGUCAAAUGGCAAGCUGGCCUUAGGGGGCAUGGCAUCGUCCAGGGACGUUUGGAAGCCGCGAUGAACUCCACACGCUCGGCAGACUUGGAAGCAUCAUCAUACAAGUUGCCGGCAGAAGUUCUGGAAAACUUUCCAUUCCUGCGGCUGUUGGCGAAGUUCGAUAAAGUGAAAUGGUUUGCUCCCAUGGAGCACGGCGUGGGCAAUCUGCCAGCGAAGAUCACGCCCGGGUUCCAAUUCCAGGUUGAAUUCUACCACAAGGGCCCCUUCAGUGGAUUUUUAUCUUUUGGUGGCAGCACGCACGGCAUCAUGGAGCCAGUGCUGCACUACGAUUCCGAGAAGGGCUUUGAUCAGACUCUGAAGGGGUUGCUGCGCGACACCGAUGUGUGGCCGCCUAUGUAUAAGGUCUUCACAGAGGCUUUCGAGAUGGGCGUCAAAUGCCAGCCCAGACUUUGGAUAAGGGGCGAUUUCGCGGGCUUCGAAAAUGCCGAAGCGUGCUUCCACAUCAACGUGUUCCAGAAUGUGACGGUCUAUCACGACGGCGCAGCUCACUUCGACGUGGAUGCGAACAAGGCUCUCGUGAUUUAUCCGUUUCGGGUAGUUGGGCCGGCGACUGUCGACUUUGACACCAGGUACAAGGUUCAAAUCAGUUGCCUGGGCAAGGAGGUGGUGUCUGAUGCGGCGAUCAGCUGGGGAGAGGUCGAGUUUCAUGACCCUGUCUCAAAGUUCAUUUUCGGCAAUGCGACAGAUGCUGAAGUCAUGAAUGCGGUGGUCAAAGUGACACUUAUCCAGGUACAUGGCAGCGAGCCCACCAGCCCGGUUACGACAAUGGGUUCGUGCACAUUCUCAAUCACCAGCUGGACGAAACAAGGUUUAACCGAUCCUGAUCCACGAUGGUGCAACAUACAGAAUGAUGCUGGCACGUCGGUAGGAAAUGUGCAGGUGUAUGUCGUGCACCAGGCCAAACCGGAGGUGUACCUGGCUUCUAGAAUUAAGGGCAUUGGCAUGUCCUUUCCGCGCAUCACACUGCAGCCUGCAGCCAUUUGCAGCACUUUCCCACAAUUGCCCGCCAACUGCCCGCUCGCUCUGCAUCUGACGAUGGGCAACC